AUGGCCGACUACCUUGAAACUGGCCAUAUGCGGCCUGUGUCCACGCCUAGCUGUAACGAAAGGUACUACAUACCUCAUCACGGGGUUCUCAAGGAGAGCAGCAGCACCACCAAACUUAGGGCGGUCUUCGAUGCGUCUCAUCCCAGCUCCACCGGUGUUUCGCUGAAUCAAAUUUUGAUGCCUGGUCCCAAGCUGCAACAGCACAUUUCGGACGUCAUAUUGCGCUUUCGCACAUACGCAGUCGUGUUCACUUGCGACAUAAAGCAGAUGUACCGGAAUGUGCGCAUGCACGACGACGAUUGUCGGUACCAGACCAUCUUUUGGCGCGAGUCACCGGACCAGCCCCUCCGGGAGUUUGAGCUGACAACCGUCACCUAUGGCGUAUCCAGCUCGGCUUAUCAAGCGAUCCGCGUCUUGCACGAGUUAGCCAACAUCAACGAGGUCAAGUGUCCAGAGGUUGCCCGUAUCCUUCGGGAAGACACCUUCGUUGAUGAUGUGGUCAGUGGUUGCGGAUCCAUUGAGGAAGCGAAGCUGUUGCAACAGCAGGUGGUCGAUGUGUUGUCACAAGGGGGUUUCACUGUUCGGAAGUGGGCCAGCAACCGUGAUGAGGUCCUCAAUGGCUAUCCUAGCGAUCAUUUGGAGUGUCCCUUUCGAUUCGAGGAAUCAGGGGACAACAUCUUCAAGAUCUUGGGGAUCGAAUGGAAUUCGGACUCGGACAGCUUCGUCUACCAUGUUUCACCCUUCGGGAGAUGCAGAAGUAAGCGGGAGAUUAUGUCGAAUGUUGCUCGUAUCUACGAUCCCUGUGGUUACUUAACUCCUGUGACCUUCAAGGCCAAGGCCUUCUUACAAGGUCUUUGGUCACACAAUUUAGGUUGGGAUGAACCUCUGCCCGAAGAACUCACUACUGAGUGGGCUUCCUUCGCAGAGGGCUUCGUCAAUUUACGGCUGCCCCGGAUUACAAGAUUUGUAUCGUCUGAUCAACCUCAAACCCGUGAGUUGAUGGGUUUCAGCGAUGCCUCGGAAUCUGGGUACUCAGCCGUACUCUAUUUACGCGUGCUAGACGCGUCAGGUGAGGCGACGGUGCAUCUUCUCAUGGGCAAGUCCCGUGUGGCACCCAUCAAGCAGAAGAUGACCAUACCGCGCCUCGAGUUAUCAGGAGCCUUCCUAUUGGCUCGCAUGAUGCAUCAUGUUUUAACGGUGUUGCAGAGUAAGAUGAUCGUCGACCACUCAAUUGCGUGGUGUGACUCCAGCAUCGCUUUGGCCUGGAUUCACACUCCACCGCAUAAGUUAGGGGUUUUUGAAGGAAAUCGGGUCUCCCAGAUUCAGGGUCUCGUUCCUUCAACUGAGUGGCGACACGUUCCAUCAGCGCUCAACCCUGCUGAUUGCGCCAGUAGAGGUCUUCGACCCGACGAAAUUGUCGGGCAUGAUUUAUGGUGGUCCCCGUCUUGGUUACGGGACGACCCUUCCACUUGGCCGGAGAACAUUGCGGUGAACUCGUCCAGUGCCCAAGUGCAUACUGGAACCAUUGCGAGCGAGGAAGAGGUAGUAGCUGUAGACCCUUCUUUCAUUGUCGGUCGCUACAGCUCUCUAUCAAGAACCAAGCGAACAAUGGCUUGGGUUUUGCGAUUCAUCCGCAAUGUUCGAAGUCGCAAUCAUCCGACCAAACAUGACCCGUUGGUCGUACCGGAACCAUUGACGGUUUCGGAGCUUGAUGGUGCCUUGCUGAGAAUGAUUAGGUUGGCGCAGAUGUCUUCCUUCUCUGAGGAGAUCACAGCCCUGCGCGAGAAGAAACCCCUCAAGCGACUGACUCAGCUCAGUCCAUUUUUGGAUUCAGAGGGUCUUCUUCGUGUAGGUGGACGUCUUCGGCACUCCGGCUUGCCAUUCUCUGCAAAGCAUCCCAUCCUUUUGCCUUCGAAGCAUUGUCUGACCGAUCUGAUCGUCGACUACCACCACGUCACUCACAUGCACGCCGGACCUGCAUGCUUGAUUUCGGUGCUGAGCCAAAGGUUCUGGAUCCCUUCAGCGCGUCGUGUGGUUCGACACCGAAUACAUAUGUGUCACCGGUGUCACCGCCUGAAGGCUAGACCUUUGCAGCCGCUCAUGGGUGACUUACCUCCCAACCGUGUAGGCCAAAUUCGUCCCUUCAUGAAGGUCGGCAUUGAUUUCGCGGGGCCUUUCCUAGUAAAGGCCUCCACUUUGCGAAAUACGAAGUCCCACAAGGCAUAUCUGUGUGUCUUCGUUUGCUUCGCCACUAAGGCGAUGCAUUUAGAGGUCACCACAGAUCUCACUACCGAGGCGUUCUUGGCAGCAUUCCAUCGGUUUGUGUCGCGAAGGGGAAUGGCGUCGGAUGUCCAUUCCGAUUGUGGGAAGAACUUUCAGGGGGCUAGGCGUCAUCUAUCGGAGGUAGAAACCUUCUUGCGGAGCAAGCAGAGUGACAUAGACGCUGCUCUGGUUGGUCAGGGUGUCAGAUGGCACAUGAAUCCACCGUAUAGUCCGCACAUGGGGGGGUUAUGGGAGUCCGCAGUGAAGUCCGCGAAGCAGCUGCUGAAACGAGCCAUCGGGGAUAGGAUUCUCACUUUGGAGGAGCUGAUGACCGUGUUCUGUCGGGUAGAGGCGGUGCUUGACUCGAGGCCGUUGUGUGCUCUGUCGAAUGACCCAAAUGAUUUGGAGGCGCUCACCCCCGGGCACUUUUUGAUCGGUCAACCGUUGGUGGCGCCACCCGAGCCCUGCUUCGAGGAUAUCCCAAUGCCACGCUUGAAGCGAUGGCAGCUUGUGCAGCAGAUUGCUCAGCACGUGUGGCGCAGGUGGCAGCUGGAGUACUUGCACACUCUGCAGCAGCGUGGCAAGUGGACCAAAGAUCUCCCCAACCUUCAGCUGGGAGACUUGGUUUUGAUUAAGGAGGACCACUUGCCACCUCUACAAUGGCGCAAGGGGCGAGUGCUCGAGCUGCACCCUGGACCCGACGGGGUCGUGCGGGUUGUCAAACUCAAGACGGGCUCUGGCACAUGCCUGCGUUCGAUGGCUAAGCUGUGUCGACUUCCCACUUUGCAGGAUUAG